AUGCGCCAUCUCUCACGCACAAACACCCGGCGAGCGGGGGCCCGCGGCGCCCGAUCACUCGCCGCUUCCGGGGCGCGCCUGGAGCGCUUUGGCCCAGUGAAGGCCUGCCGCCUCGUCAGCAACAAGUCCACUGGGGUGUUCAAAGGCACCGCGUUCGUCGAGUUUCGCUCCGCCGCCGCCGCGGCCGCCGCCGCGGCAGCGUGCGCGCGCGCGCGGGCCGGCAAGGGGCCGGAGCUGCAGCUGCGGGGCCGCGCGUUUGAGCUGGACUUGGCGUUGGAUAAGGAUGGCGCGCGCAGCCUGGCGGCGGAGCAGGCGGCGGCGAAGGGGCUGGGGUUCGGGGGCGCAGCUGGCGGCGGUGUGGGCGGCGCCGGCGGCGCGGGCGUAGGGGGCAAGGGCGCGGACCGGAGGAACGUGUACCUUGCGAAGGAGGGACACAUUGAGGAGGGGUCUGCGGCCUGGGUCAGCAUGCCAGAGUAUGACAGGCUCAAGCGCAAGCGCGCCGCGGAGGAGAAGAAUGUGAAGCUCAAGUCCCCCAAUUUCGCGCUGUCCCCGCUGCGCCUCAGCGUCCGAAACAUCCCCUCGGGCUACGACGAGCGGCGGCUGCGCGCGCUGUUUGUCGACGCCGUGAAGCAGCGCGCCACGAAGGAGAACCCAGUGGUCAAACAGGUGAAGAUCCUGAGGGAUCAGGACCGGCCGGAUCCCAAGGGAGAUCCCAGGGGCAAGUCCAAGGGCAUCGGCUUUGUGGAGUUUGAGCGCCACGACCAUGCGCUGGCGGCGCUGCGGCAGCUCAACAACAACCCCGCGGCGUUCAGCGCAGACAGGCGGCCGAUCGUGGAGUUUGCUAUUGAGAACGUCAAGGUCCUCAAGAUGCGGGAGCACAAGAUCGAGAAGCAGCGGCAGCGGCAGCAGGAGGACCAGCAGCAGCGGCAGGAGCAGCAGCAGCAGCAGCAGCAGCCGCAGACGGAGGGCGAUGGUGGCGAUGGCGGCGCCGAUGGCAACGGGCAGCAGCAGCAGCAGGGCGGCAAGAAGGGCAAGGUCAAGGCAAAACGGCAGCAGAAGCAGCAGCAGCAGCAGCAGCAGCAGCAGCAGCAGCAGGGCGGCGAGGCGGGUGGCGAGGCGGGCGGCGAGGCGGGCGGCGGCGCGGCGCCAGGCGACGAGGGGGCGGCGCCAAAGGUGUCGCGGUGGAAGGCGCGCAAGCUGCGGCGGCGGGAGCGGGACGAGCAGGAGAAGGAGCAGCAGGCCAACGGCAGCAGCGGCGGGAAGCUUCCGCAGCCAGAGCAGACGCAGCAGAAGCAAAAGCAGCAGCAGCCAAAGCAGCGGCAGCCGAAGCAGGAUCAGAAACAGCAGCAGAAGCAGCAGCAGAAGGCUGGCCCCGGCGGCAAGGGCGGAGCCAGGAACGCAGCGGCCACGGCCGCCGCCACGGCGACCGCCGCGGCGGCUGCGGCGCGGGCGGCGAAGCAGGAGCAGCAGCUGCGGCGCGAGGCGGGCGCGCAGCAGCGCAAGCGGCGCGCAGACCAGGCGCUGGACCUCUGCGGCGGCGGCAACAUGCAUGGCAUUGCGUUGUAA